AUGUCUAGCUUUGCUGCUCUUAUGGCGAUGAGCAAAGCCCAGUCAGCAGCCAGCACGACCGGUAUUCAGGAUGCUCUCGCUCAAAGAAACGCCAAACUGCGUGCAGAACAGGAAGAAGCGGAGCGGCAACGCAAAGCGGAGCAGGCUCGUGAGGCCAAACUACGAGAAUUGCGCGCCGAACAGGAGCGGCGGGACAAGGAGAGAGCGGCCGCGCGUGAGGAAGCUCUCCGAGCAAGGGAAAAGGAGGCAGAAGCCCGCCAACAGGAGCAAAUGCAGAAGAUGUUGGGUAAAGCUAGACAUACAUUAUUCGAGAAGCGCGACAGGGAGGGCGGUGGCAGCCCACGGCGAAAGAAAGCGAGCGACGACGACGAUGAUGAUUCCGAAGGAGGAAAGGCUGGGGUUUUUCUCACAAGGGCCGAAAAGCGCGCCCUCAAGAUGGACCCUGACGCUCGUCCUCAGUGGGCUCAGCAACUCGUUGGGACAUCCCGACCUGGUUCCAGUUCCAGCGCCAGCAAAACCUCGGUUAUCAGUGCGCAAGGAUCUCGGUCACCAACCAAAUCGAAGAGAAGCGGUCCGACUGACUUCUCCAAGACGCUCGAUGCGCCGUCAUCUUUGGCGGUUCAAGGGAAUCCAAAUCUUUCGAUCAAGGAGCGCAUCAAGGGAUCCGACUAUUUUACGCCUAUAAAGCUCGCCGCUGUUCGCCGUGAUACUCGUACUCAAGCCGACUAUUUCCAAGAGAAGCGGCUCAAGGCAUUGGCAGCGGAGAAAGGGGCGAGUAUAGGAGACAAACGGGACCAAGCGGCCACAAAACCAAAGCACAAAGAUAUCGAACCUGGUAGACUACCGUUCGGGGCUGCGGCCAGCCGGAAACCACUCACCUCUGCGAGCACAUCGAGACUGCCAUCCACAUCCCGUCAAGACUCGCCUGCCGGAUCUCGUAAGCGCCCUCGCUCCGAGUCCAUUUCUUCAUCAGACAUGGAUCUCGAUGCUCCUCGGAAGCGCUCCAAGUCGCAGCCCAAGUUUAACAUCUGGCAAAUCGUCACUGGCAAGGAUCGUAGUCAUUAUCAGGAAGAUGUAUUCAGUGACGAAGAGGAUGAGGAUAUGGAAGUCUCCGCUGCAGCCCUUGCAAAGGAGGAAAAGAGAGCUCUCGCAGCCGCCAAACGAGAGGACCAGCUGGCAUUGGAGGAAGAAAUGCGUCACGAAGCUGAGAAACGCAGAAAGAAACUCGGUGCGCGAUGA